CUGGACCCAGGCACGCAGUUGGGCCUCAGCAGUGUACAGGGCCUCACCGAGCGUCAUGGAGCUGAGCUUCGCGGGGCGCCGGGCGCUCGUCACUGGGGCGGGCAAAGGCAUCGGGCGCAGCACUGUCCAGGCGCUGCACGCGGCGGGUGCACAAGUGGUGGCUGUGAGCCGGACCCAGGCCGACCUGGACAGCCUGGUCCGCGAGUGCCCUGGGGUAGAGCCUGUGUGUGUGGACCUGGGUGACUGGGAGGCCACGGAGCGAGCGCUGGGCGGCGUGGGCCCUGUGGACCUGCUGGUGAACAAUGCCGCCGUGGCGCUGCUGCAGCCCUUCCUGGAGGUCACCAAGGAGGCGUGUGACACGUCUUUCGACGUGAACCUUCGGGCUGUCAUUCAGGUGUCCCAGAUCGUGGCCCGAGGCUUAAUAGCUCGGGGAGCCCCGGGGUCCAUCGUGAAUGUCUCUAGCCAGGCCUCCCAGCGCGCACUGACUAACCACAGCGUCUACUGCUCCACCAAGGGUGCCUUGGACAUGCUGACCAAGGUGAUGGCUCUGGAGCUUGGGCCACACCAGAUCCGUGUGAAUGCACUCAACCCCACAGUGGUGAUGACACCCAUGGGCCAGGCCAACUGGAGCGACCCCCAGAAGGCCAAGGCCAUGCUGGAUCGCAUCCCGCUUGGCAAGUUUGCCGAGGUGGAGAAUGUGGUGGACACCAUCCUCUUCCUGCUGAGUGACCGCAGCAGCAUGACCACAGGCUCCACUGUGCCGGUGGAUGGAGGCUUCCUGGCUACCUGAGCCCCUCCACCCACACACACCCGUGUUCCGUGCUGAGCCCACUUUUACCCCCACCCCCCUUCCCCAUCCCUCCAAUAAACAUGAUUCUUCUGCCCA